GCUCCUAUUUUUUCCCUUUUUCCCUCCAUUCCUUUCCGUUUCCCUCCAUUCUCCCUCCUCUCUCUAGAUUUCUCUCUCCUCUGCUUUCUUGUUCUUUAUAAGCUCUAAAAAUCUCGCCUUUUUCACGUUAAAUCGAGAAGAGAUCAAAGAUCUCACAAAGAUUAGCGAGGGGUAGUGAGGUUUUGUUCUUUUGCUGCGGUCUCUUCUCUUCUCUGUUCAAAGAUCGCUCCUUCUUCUUGUUAAACGGAGCUGGAAGCAAAGAUCUCGCGAAGAGAGCGAGGGAGAGUGAGGUUUUGUUGUUCCCCCGCAAUCCCCUGCAUCAGAUCUUGGCUAAAGGAGCGAUCUUGAAGCCUGUCUUCUCUUCUAUCUCGAUUGGAGUACGCCUUCUUUUUUCGUUUUAGAUCUUCGAGAAAGCAGCGAUUUUGGACCGACUAAUGGAUCUAUCUGGUGAAAAGGAAACCGGAACUAUAGAUCUGGGUAGUAGCAGAGAGAGCUCAGGGGAGCUGAAGAGCUGUGCGGAUUGCCGGACCACCAAGACGCCACUCUGGCGAGGGGGCCCCUCUGGACCUAAGUCCCUCUGCAACGCGUGCGGGAUUCGAUACCGGAAGAACAGGAGGGCACUGCUGGAGCUUAAGGAAGGGGAGAGGAGAGAGAGGAAGCAGAUGAGAGAGGAGAAAAGUAGCACCAAAGAGUUGGGUGGGGUUUCGGUGAAGCUUAGAAUGCUGGGGGUGGGAAGUGAAGUACUGUUUAAGAGGAGAUCUCUUCUUGAGAGGAAGAAGAGGAGGAUGGGCGAAGUGGAGGAGGCUGCUGUGCUCUUGAUGGCCCUCUCCUCUGGAUUUCUCUAUGCUUAGUUUUACUCUGUUAUUAGUUGAGAGAGGGAGGAGAAGAAAAGGAGAAGUUUUGGAUGUUUGUCUUCUUUUUUUUUGUUUCUUUCUGUGGUUUAGGAAGAGGAUGGGGGGCGGGGUGGGGGUUUUAAUCAAUCUAGUAUACUGUCACCCCUGUUCUAAUGUAUAAUGUUGCCAUAAAUGAAGAAUUUUGUUGGCUUUUAUUUUGCUUUCCUUAUCCUUGCUUAGAUACUAGCGUGGAUAUUUUACUCAACAAAUAAAAAAGGGGACUGUUUUGAACUA